AACUGUGCUCACUGAGGAUGCCAGUCGGUUUUGUUUCAUCAUAUAAUUUCGAGUGUCACGUGUUCCUCUGGUCGCUCAUGUGACCCUGUGGUACGGACCAAUAGGGUGGCACAGUUGGUCCUGGGCAGAGCAAAAGGAAGAAGGAAAAAAAAUAAUUUUCCCUUUGCGAUUUUUAAUCUUGCAACGCUGAAAGUGGUCGUCAUCUACGGUAUCCUGCGCUACAUAAAGGUGACCGGUUGGCUGACUCCACCAUCACACUCGCGUUGGCCCUUGAACUCCUCUCUCACGUGACCACGCCCCUUCCUUCACAUCCAAUCCCGACAUGGAGCCCAUCAAGGUCCAAUCAGAAGGUGGACUGAAUGUGACCCUCACCAUCAGGCUGCUGAUGCACGGCAAGGAGGUUGGAAGCAUCAUAGGAAAGAAAGGAGAAACGGUGAAGAAAAUGCGUGAAGAUAGCGGCGCCCGUAUCAACAUCUCAGAGGGGAAUUGCCCUGAACGGAUAGUCACCAUCACCGGGCCAACAGAUGCUAUUUUCAAGGCCUUUGCCAUGAUAGCCUACAAGUUUGAGGAGGAUAUAAUCAACUCUAUGAGCAACAGUCCAGCCACCAGUAAACCCCCUGUUACCCUGAGGCUCGUUGUCCCAGCCAGCCAGUGUGGCUCCCUCAUUGGCAAAGGAGGCUCCAAAAUCAAAGAAAUGAGAGAGUCCACAGGAGCUCAGGUCCAGGUUGCAGGUGAUAUGCUCCCCAACUCCACCGAGAGAGCAGUGACAAUCUCAGGGGCCCCAGAAGCCAUCAUCCAGUGUGUCAAACAGAUAUGUGUGGUGAUGCUUGAGUCCCCACCGAAAGGUGCCACCAUCCCCUACCGCCCCAAGCCUGCCUCCACCCCUGUCAUUUUUUCAGGUGGCCAGGUAAGAGCAGACCCACUGGGGGCGUCCACAGCCAACCUCAGCCUCUUACUGCAGCACCAGCCACUGCCUGCUUAUACCAUUCAAGGACAGUACGCCAUCCCACAUCCAGAUCAGUUGAGCAAGCUCCACCAGUUGGCUAUGCAGCAAACCCCCUUUACCCCCCUCGGACAGACCACCCCUGCCUUCCCCGCAGCAGGUCUGGAUGCCAGUAACCAGGCCAGUACUCAUGAACUCACCAUUCCCAAUGAUCUAAUAGGCUGCAUAAUCGGACGCCAGGGAACCAAAAUCAACGAGAUCCGUCAGAUGUCUGGGGCGCAGAUCAAAAUUGCUAACGCCAUGGAAGGGUCAUCGGAGCGCCAGAUCACCAUCACAGGGACCCCCGCCAACAUCAGCCUGGCCCAGUACCUCAUCAAUGCAAGGUUCAGAGACGUGGCGGCCAUGUGGAACGACCCAUCUUCCAUGACCACAUCCUGAGAUCCCUGACUGGCUCCUCCGUUUGGCCCUUUCCAAUGACUGACCACCGCAGACAACCCUGAUGAAGCCCUUCGGACUCUGGCUCUGGCUCUCCGAAAAAAAACACUGACCACCAUCCCUGCCCUGGCUCACAGUUGUUUAUACGUCAGGGAGGGUUGGGCGCUCAUUUCUCUUUCAGAGAGCCAGAUUAAAUUAAAAAAAACAACAAAAAAACUAAAAAGAAAUUCUCUGUUGAUUAGGUUUUUUAGAGAACUGUUGAAGCAUGUUGAAUGUUUAUUAGGAACAACUUGUGUUAAUCUUUCUUUCUUUUGCUCUCUAUCUAUUGCUUUCUCUCUCUCUCUCUCUCUCUCUCUCUCUCUAUCUCUAUCUUUCUCUCUCUGUCAGUGCUGCGUCAUAGAACAUCAUUUAAAAGUAUAACUAGUAAAAGGUUGAACAUUUUUGUAGAACGUAGUUAUUUGCAUAUUACAGCUGCUCAGUGAUGCUAUCGGCAGAGUGUGUGGUGGGAUGUAGCCAAAUUAUCAAAUUUUGAUAAUAUAUUUUGAAAAGAAAAAAAAUUGGACUGUUCUGCUUUUGUCCUAAUUUGCAUCUUUGUCUACUUACAAAUCCAAUCUCUACCCAUGACUCUUUGCUGCAUCACAUGACCCUUUUAAGCCAAUGGUAUCACUCCUAGAGCCUCCCUUCUCAUGUUAAUUUCCUAUACUUACAUUAUUGCUUAUAUUGCAUGUGUUCAGUGUUGUGUCGUUGUGUGUUUGAGUAAACCUGUUCAGUGUAUGUGUUCCUUCAAAUGUCAUUAUUAUAUCUUUGAGCUCCCGUUCUUUUUCCGACUACUUUUUCAGCAUUUUUGGCCAUUCACGUCUAGUCCUAAUCCCUGCCCAGAUGAAAAACUUUCCGACUUAGCCUCCUUCUAUCAACACCGAUUAUUAGAUUAUAGAUGCAUGAAUGGGAAUUAGUGAAAAAUCAGUGGCUAAAACACUAACUGAAAAUUUUAAAUGAUUGUUUACUAAUUUAUUAUUAUACUGUAUUUGUUUUGUACAAAAGACUAUUGUGACUUAGCACAUUAGUCGACUACGCGGCGCUCAUGCAAUAGACUAUUCAACACUUUACUCUGGACUGCCUCUGAUGUGGGAGGAAUUAGUUGGACUUAAAAGCCAAGUGUUGCGUCCAAACCUUUUCGGCUUCCUUCCCUUGUCUCCGGGAAUAUUCGCUAGGCUGCUGGCAAAAAAACAAAACAAAAAAAAACUGGGGCUUUUGAGUGAAAAAAACAAGGGAAAGAAGCCGACUUUUUUGCGGCAAAGAGGCCUAAACGUUUGGACGAAGCCGAAUGGUAUUUUUUGGGCCAAGGAAUGUUCAGGGGUUCAUUGGGGGGAACCCAUGGGGUCUGGGCGGACGUGACCACUCAGUCCCUUUUUCAAGAUUGUUCAUCUUGUCAUGUUGUUUUUGUUGUCAUACGGUUGAUUUGACGCAUUAGGUUUGAAUGUCUUUUUAUUGUCACGACUAUUGUCAGCAACUUAAUUGUUUUUAUUUAAAAAAGGACAGGUUGGAUGACAAUUCCUGCUUCACUGGUUUUCAGUAAGAAAAAAAAAAACCAGCAUGUAUUUAUUUAUGGUGUGACGAUGCACAUGUGACUUUUUGUUUGUUGAUCAUGACACUUAAGCUAAGUUAGUUUUGUUGUAUUUCAUUUGAGAGGGAGGUGUGGAUGAUAUUUGGUACGAUUCAGCAUUUCAACCACAAGGAUGCUCUAAACACUAUUGGACAGCUUAGGUCAUCUCAUUUUGCGAGUUUCAGCUGAGCUCAAUUAAGUUUUGACACAUACAAACAGCUGUUGAAUGUUAUUGUCGAAAACACGUUACCUACGGUCCAACGCAGCGACAUUCUGCAUUUUUAGUGUCUCAAUUUCUUCAUACGUACCACUGCUUUGUUUUUAUUUCCAAUAGCCUACGCUGAGCUUAAAGGAAAAGUUUGAAUUUUUUGGGGGGGGGAAAUCUGCGCAGUAAAUACGAAGCGUCCACUAGCACCUGGUUAGCUGAGCUUAGCAUAAAGACUGGAAACAAGGGGAAACACCUGCUGGCUCUGUUAAGCUAAAGAACCCAUCUAGAUUGUCUAAUGACCACAGUGAGGCUUGGAGGUUACCCUUGUUUUCAGUCUUUCUAUCAUCUCCUGGCUGUCGCUUCAUAUUUAGAAGAGAGCUAUCUCUCAGCAAGAAAGACGAUUAAACUCUGUGAGGGCUUAAAAUAUAAUGAAAUAAGGAAAAAUUCUUGAUGUCAGGCUAACGGUUUCCCCUUGUUUCCACUCUUUGUGCUAAGCUAAGUUAGCGGGAGAGUGGAAUCAAUCUCAUCCAACUCUGCUGAACAUUUCCUUUGACUUCAAGCACUUUCAUGACAUAAAUGUGAUUAUGUAAAUGGACCAAAUGCUGUAUCACUAUACUGAACCAUGCAUAGUCAACGAUCAUUCUGCAAUAAUUCUUACAUUUUGAUGUGAACUGAAGUAGUAGUGCUAGCAUUGAAAUGAUGAAUUUGUGUUUCUUUUGAACUCUGUCAUAGCUCGUACGUCAGUGGGAACAUUUGUCAAAUGAACAAACUGAAAUUAUGUUGGUUUUAUUUGGGCAAACUUGCUUUUUUUCGAACAGUUAGCUUAUACCUAAGAGGGCAUUCUUUCCCAACAGCACUGUAGAUGUUAAAGAACAUCCUCGAGGGUAUUACGGCUUUUAAACUGUUUCUCAGUGCAUGUGUACCAUUGAAAUGUCUGCUUCAAAUUAGGACACAUAUGUAAGAAUUAAAAACAUAACAAACGAUUGCUGAGGUUUUAUUAGCACAGUUGGCGCGUGCAUUUGACAAAGAUCUUGUUGUUUAAUAUGAAUUUGAUCGCUAGGCAGGAAUAUUGAGUUGUAAGUGAUGGCAGUGUGAUUUUAAUAACAUCAAUAUUCAUGUGUUACUCAGUGUUUGAAAACUGUAUUUACAUUUGUGUAUAUGGCUGAGUAUACUACGACUUUGAAACAAACUGCAACUAAUGCAAUAAUAGGGUGCGAUGUGCAAUUAUUUAUUCAGUUAUUUCCUUAUUAACAUAGAUGCAGGAGAGCUGUGUAGCUUGUUGAAAAAUGCUUUUUUAUUAUUUUAUCCACUUUCCAUGUGGCAGCAACAGCAGGAAAAAAAAAGAAUGACUAGACUUUUUUUUUUGCUUUUGUUUUUAAGCUUUUGUUUGUGUGUAUUGCAGUUUGGGAAAAAAAAGUGAUAGAACUUCGUAACUAUUUUUGAUUGAUUUAUUUGCUAUGUGCAGAUCUAUAUUAGUUGUGAGUAAUUACAUAGGUUUUAAUUUUAAAGUGUUGGUAAGUAUAAAAACAAAUAAAGUUUCAUUUUUUCUUUCUGUGA